CCUGACGGCUGGGUCUAGUCUAGCCUCUAGUGGGAUGAAUACUUAUGCGAUUGAGGCACUUCACUCGGAGCUUCAUAUUUGACCUCCCUUCGUUCCUUGUCCAAACUCUGCAGACAUAUUUGUAUUUCACAUCGGAUUGUUUAUCUUUUGUUUCGUUCGAAAAUAACAGUCACAAUGACGACCGCAGGACAGAGACUAUCGAGCGUGCUUUCACACCUGAACCCACUCUCUUCGGGGAGGAGUAAAUUGCUGCAGAAGAACCCGGAUGAUAUUGUCAUCACAUACGCAGCUCGAACACCUCUCACGAAAGCGAAGAAAGGUGGCCUCAAGGAUACCCCAAUUGACGACCUGUUGAUUGCCCUAUUAACGAUUGUCCGCGAACAAUCGAAGCUCGACCCAAACCUCGUCGAAGAUGUCUGUCUCGGAAACGUCCUCGCCCCAGGCCAAGGUUACAUGGCCCGCGCCUCAGUCCUCGCAGCGGGCUACCCCGUAACGGCAGCAGCGAGCGUAGCCAAUCGAUUCUGCUCGUCCGGUCUCCUUGCAGUUCAGCAGAUUGCCAACCAGAUCAUAGCAGGUAGCAUCGAAGUAGGAAUCGCGGUAGGAGCCGAGAGCAUGUCUACAUGUCCCGACAAUGGAGCCCCAGUCCUCAGCACGAAGAUCACCACACAUUCGAUCGCGAGCCAGAAUCUGCAGCCGAUGGGACAAACGAGCGAGAAUGUCGCAGGGGAUUUUGGCAUAAGUAGAGAGAAGAUGGAUCAAUUUGCCGCGACGAGCUUUCAGAGAGCAGAGAAGUCGCAGAAGGAGGGGUGGUCGAAGGAUGAGAUUGUGCCGAUCACGGUACAGGUCAAGGAUCCUAAGACUGGUGUUGUGGAGGAGAAGGUCAUUGAUCGUGAUGAUGGUAUUAGAUAUGGAACAACUGCUGAGUCUUUGGGCAAGAUCAGAGCUGCGUUCCCGCAAUGGAGCCCGAGUCAGACAACGGGAGGGAAUGCCUCGCAGAUCACGGAUGGUGCGGCUGCUAUUUUGUUGAUGAAGAGAAGCAAGGCGGAAGAGAUAGGUCAGCCUAUCUUGGGAAAAUUCUGCGGAGCUACGAUUGUGGGGCUCGAACCUAGGAUCAUGGGAAUUGGUCCCAGUUAUGCUAUUCCCAAGAUUCUGUCAAAGACGGGAUUGACAAUUGCCGAUGUGGAUGUUAUUGAGAUCAAUGAGGCUUUUGCCAGCAUGGGAGUCUAUUGUGUUGAGAAGCUUGGGCUUGAUCCUGAGAAGGUGAACCCAAGAGGUGGUGCUAUUGCAUUUGGACAUCCAUUGGGUUGCACGGGUGCGAGACAGAUUGUUACUGCUCUUUCUGAGUUGAGAAGACAGGACAAGAGGAUAGCGGUGACUUCGAUGUGUGUCGGCACUGGAAUGGGCAUGGCUGGUGUCUUUGUAUCUGAGCAUUGAAGCGAAAGCAUGUGUAUAUGAUUUGAAUAGAUUUUUUUGGCCAC